AUGGCGACCGAAUCUCAAAAUUCACAUGGCUUCCAGGAAAAGAAUUUUUCCAUCGAACCUGACCUUGGCGACCAGCGGCAGUCGACCUACAAGGCGCUGCCUUCGCCACCGAAGACACCCAAGAGAGUUCUGAUGAAGUACAGAUUCUCUGGUGUGUUCUCUCUCAUUCUGUCGCUGACGACUUUUGUCCUUACUUUAGUUGUAGUGUUGGCUGGGCGGAACGUGGGCACGUUUGAGGGUCAGUACAUAAUUGCAUUAAAUACCUCCCGAGUUGGACAGGAUGUUGUCACUUUUGAGAGAGCAAGCGCAACCUCGACACCACUGUCAGGUACCUCUUCGACAUCGUCCCGCUUACCAAAUCCCACGAAGUCCGUCUUGACAAGCCCGCCAAGCAUCCCGACAAAUUCAGAUAAUUCUCUGGAAGGGAUUGGCGAUAUUCUGGGCAACCUAUCUGGCAGUUUGACAGACAUAAUCAAUGACGGCCUUGGAGACGUGAUCAAUGGUGUGGUCGGAGGCAUUAUCAAACAAACCGGGGUCAGAGACUUCUACUAUGUGUACCUGCAGAAGAUCUGCUCUGGAUCGUUCAGCAGUGCAGAUGGUAGCAAUGCAGACGCUGUCAGAGUCGAUGAUUGCCGGAGUUGGGAUAACAUCACAGAAAGUAUUGAAGUACUAAGCAACAGCAUCCCCUCCUCCGUCGUUGUCGGCCAGACUCGAAUUUCGAUUCCCCUGCUCGCCAAAACCGCCUCUUCCCUCCAGAGUGCGCUGAACGCUCUCGGUGCACUUCGGAGAUCCGUCUUCGCGUUCCUCAUAAUCACCCUGAUUGGCUCUGGUCUGUCGGUAAUUUCGACUCUUCCGGCAAUGUACUUUCCACAAUCACGACUCCUCAUCUACUUCAACAUAUUCUGGCCUGCACUAGCAACGAUAUUUGCGUUCGCUGCAGCACUGUUGCUCUCGGCGAUUGUUGUAGUGGGCGGCUUCGUGAACGGCCUCACCGGUACAGUGGGAGUGCAAAUCAAGCAAGGAGGCGUAAUGCUGCUGUUUGUGUGGCUGGGCUUUGUAUUUGUGGGCUUAGUGAAGCUCUACUGGGCCAGCGUAUGGUUUGUGGAGACUAGAAAGUCGAGUUUUGUUAAGCGACGGAGAGAUGAGGACGAGAUAGGGCAAUGGAGCGGCAUUGGCAGAGAGUUGUGGCGAGAUGUGCGAGGCAGACGGAGGAAGCCCAGCAUGCGAGGAGACAUUUGA